AUGCAAUUGGAUGAGAUAAUUUCCAAAACUUCUCAUGACUUGAGUAACAUGGCGUCUGUUUACAUCGUUGAUGUCGAUAAAGUUCCCAUUUACACCAGAUAUUUUGACAUAAGCUACAUCCCUUCCACUGUCUUUUUUUUCAAUGGGCAGCACAUGAAAGUGGACUAUGGGUCACCCGACCACACCAAGUUUGUGGGAAGCUUUAAAACCAAGCAGGAUUUUAUGGACUUGGUUGAAGUAAUUUACCGUGGCGCCAUGAGAGGAAAGAUGAUUGUACAGAGCCCUAUCGACCCCCGAAAUAUACCAAAAUAUGAUCUUCUGUACCAUGGCAUUUAG